AGCACUUCUCUCUCAAAAUGUGCAAAAUCUGCGGAUCUUCAGAAUCUGAGCCCCACUUUGGCGGGACUUCAUGUCGAGCCUGCGCUGCAUUUUUCCGCAGAUUCUAUCACUCGAAAAAGCUCGGCUUAAAAUGUACAUGUAAAACCAGGCAGUCAAAUGCUCAUCCGUGCCGAAGUUGCAGGAUCCGAAAGUGUUAUGAAGCUGGGAUGACGCCGGAGAAGAUCCAACUAACCAGGGACAAGCAUUUGAACAGAACUAUAAAACUGGAAGGCCCAUGCUCCUCGUUAGAUACUCCGAUAACUUCCCGCCAAACACCAAACUUAUAUUGUGUUCUAUCAAACUGGCACGAGUUGAAAAUGACUAGAGAAGAAAUGAACAGUGGAUCUCUCAAUAAUUGCAAUAUUUUCGAACUCACUAGUUUUGUGCUAAGAGAUCUUGAAUUGACGUGGCGGAUGGUUAGCAAGGCCUUCCCAACUGUAGAAGUACUUGAGGACAGGGAUAGACAAGCUCUGUUACGGAACUUUGUGCCAAAAUUAUGGCAGAUUGAGCCAAUCCUCGAGUACCGGGAGUGUGCUGAAAAGUUCGAUAAUCUGGAGGAAGAGGAUUAUGAAAAUUUGCUGGUUGGGUUUUAUGGUGGAACAUUUCCAGAAGGGAAGGAAAUGUCUAAAUCUGAAAUUGUUAGUAACUUCCGGCCAUACUGGGAUUACUACUACACAAAAAUGAUUCUUCCGAUUUCGUCAAUGGGGCUCGAAGAGCUUGAAUAUAUGGCUAUCGUUUGGCUGGCGUUCUUUGAUAAUGGCUACUCAAACAUAUCUGACAAUUGCCUCGAAAUGUGUAGGGAUAUCCAGAAAGUGAUACUCAAGGAGUUGCGAAACUAUCAAAUCGAUAGGAACUUUCAUGAAAAUCGUUUUUUCGUUGCCUUAGAGGCUUUGCAAAUCAUUGAAAGAGGAGAGAAGAAAUUCAUGGAGGAGAUGUUGGUGUGCGAGAUGAAUCAUAUCCGGAUACAUGAUGAUUUCAGAAAGAUUAUCAGAGAACCAAAAUUGUAGUCUUGAGAACAGUAUAAUAACAGUUGUAAAUAUGUUGAUUUUGUAUUUGAAUUUUUGUUGUCGCUUUUAAAUGAAAAUGUAUUAAAACGUGC